GUAUUAUACAUAAAUAAACCCACGAGUUUGAGUAACGUAACGUUGCUAACACCGCAACCUUUUCACCCACCACUUACCUUGAAUCCCACAAACACAUUCUGUUCCUUCCUUUGUUCCUUUCCACCCCAAUAACCCACGCAAAAACCUUAAAUUGCAUAUUAAAACUGAAACCCCUUUUGUUUUUGUUUUUUUUUUAGCCUUAGAUUAGAACUUCAAAAGGGUCACAGCAUCUGGGGUUUGUUUCUUUUUGAGACCACAUUCAAUUUUUUUAUGUGAAUCCUCACAACGAUGUCUGGGUUGGAGGAAUUGAGAAAAAAGCUUGCACCUUUAUUUGAUGCCGAGAAGGGUUUCUCAUCAAGUUCAACAUUGGACCCUUGUGAUUCUUACACAUUCUCGGAUGGUGGGACUGUUAACUUGUUGAGUAGAUCAUAUGGGGUUUACAAUAUCAACGAGCUUGGGUUGCAGAAGUGCACAUCUAGGUCCGUGGAUGAAACUGAUCACAGUGAGAAAACGUAUAAGUGUUGUUCCCAUGAGAUGAGAAUAUUUGGAGCAAUAGGGAGUGGUGCCAGUAGUGUUGUGCAGAGAGCUAUACAUAUACCAACACAUAGGAUUCUGGCAUUAAAGAAGAUCAACAUCUUCGAGAAGGAGAAAAGGCAGCAGCUCCUUACUGAGAUAAGGACAUUAUGCGAAGCACCAUGUUAUGAGGGUCUUGUAGAAUUUCACGGGGCAUUUUACACCCCAGACUCUGGACAGAUAAGCAUAGCUUUGGAGUACAUGGAUGGAGGAUCGCUUGCAGAUAUUUUGCGAAUGCAUAGAAGAAUACCUGAACCUAUUCUAUCUUCCAUGUUUCAGAAGCUCCUGCAUGGUCUAAGCUAUCUCCAUGGAGUCAGACAUCUAGUUCACAGAGACAUAAAGCCUGCCAAUCUACUAGUAAAUCUUAAGGGGGAGCCAAAGAUUACUGAUUUUGGUAUUAGUGCUGGCUUAGAGAAUUCAGUGGCAAUGUGUGCUACAUUUGUUGGAACUGUUACAUACAUGUCGCCUGAGAGGAUUCGAAAUGAAAACUAUUCUUAUCCAGCUGAUAUUUGGAGCCUUGGUCUUGCUCUUUUUGAGUGUGGGACAGGAGAAUUCCCGUAUACUGCAAAUGAAGGUCCUGUCAAUCUUAUGUUGCAGAUCCUGGAUGAUCCAUCACCAUCACCAUUGAAAAACAAGUUUUCACCUGAAUUCUGCUCCUUUGUUGAUGCUUGCUUACAAAAGGAUCCAGAUACCAGGCCAACAGCAGAGCAGCUGCUUUCGCACCCCUUUAUCACAAAGUAUGAGGAUACCAAGGUCGAUUUGGCAGGAUUUGUUCGAAGCGUUUUUGAUCCUACACAAAGAAUGAAGGAUUUAGCAGAUAUGUUGACAAUACAUUAUUACUUGCUAUUUGAUGGACCUGAUGAUUUGUGGCAACAUACAAGGAAUUUAUAUAGCGAAAGCUCAAUUUUCAGUUUCUCUGGGAAACAACAUCGUGGUCCAAGUAAUAUCUUUACAUCUCUAUCAAGUAUUAGAACUACAUUGGUUGGUGACUGGCCUCCUGAAAAGUUGGUGCAUGUUGUUGAGAGGCUCCAAUGCCGCGCUCACGGUGAAGAUGGAGUUGCAAUUAGGGUAUCAGGAUCCUUCAUAAUUGGAAAUCAGUUCCUCAUAUGUGGAGAUGGCAUUCAAGUAGAGGGCUUGCCAAACUUCAAGGAUCUUGGAAUUGACAUUCCUAGCAAAAGAAUGGGUACAUUUCAUGAACAGUUCAUUGUGGAACCAACAAGCCUUAUUGGAUGCGAACCAACUAGCCUUAUUGGAUGCGAACCAACUAGCCUUAUUGGAUGCUACACCAUUGUCAAACAAGAGCUAUACAUUAACCAGUAAUGUUAUAUUACAUUAUGGUGUCACUCAAUUCAACACACUUAACACCAAGAAUCUUGAUUUCCACAGAAUCCUGUUCUCCCACUUGUAAAAACACUUACAAAUUUCUCAUAUAUCUAUGUUUUGAAAAAUUGUUAAUAGUGUGAUAUGAAUUCAUUUAAAUUUAGCAUGUGAUUUCGUUACAGCUACUUUAGUACUUCCUCUUCCUUCUGCUGAGCAACUAGCAGAUAUCUUUAGCAAAGCUUGUUGCCUAGGCUCUUUGUAUCUGUUAUUAGUUAGCUCUUUGUAUAUAAAACAAGUUGGUUUGUACCAUUACUGACUCAUUCAUUCAGAUUUUCAAUGAAUCAGUUUUCUCAUUCA